AGGACAGCUCUUAUAGUAGAGAGAAACUUUGUUCCAUGCUGUCUGGAUCCGUUUGAGCAGAGUCCAUCCAAGAGCUGCUGGUUCCUACAAUAUCCAAAAUGGGUUCCACCGCUGUGCCUGUGACCUUAACCACCUCACCCGCCAACAACGGCUCCACCUGCAGCACCCUGUAUGACCACCGGGACUACGCCCGGGUCUUCAUACCCAUUCUGUAUUGUACUGUAUUCGUUGUGGGUCUGCUCGGGAACUGCCUCGCCCUUCACGUCAUCCGUCCCAACAUGAAGAAAAUGAACUCCACCACCUUAUACUCCCUCAACCUGGUCGUGUCCGACAUCAUCUUCACCCUGUCUCUGCCCUUCAGGAUCGUCUACUAUGCUCUGGGCUUCCACUGGCCCAUGGGCGAGUCGCUGUGCAAGAUCUCGGGCUUCAUCUUCUACAUCAACACCUACGCAGGGGUCAACUUCAUGACCUGCCUCAGCGUGGAUCGUUUCAUCGCCGUGGUCCUGCCUCUGCGCUUCGCCCGUCUCAGGAAAGUCAGCAACGUGCGCUACAUUUGUGUUGGCGUUUGGCUGCUGGUCCUGGGGCAGACCCUCCCCCUCCUCGGAAUGCCCAUGACCAACGAAGAAGCCGACGGCCACAUUACCUGCAUGGAAUACCCCAACUUUGAGAAGGUCGACCACAUUGCCACUAUACUGAUUGGGGCUGUCUUCUUGGGUUACGUCAUCCCUGUGAUCACCAUCCUUGUGUGUUACGCCGUCUUAUGUUCCAAACUCCACUUAACAGCCAAGAACAACUAUUUGACAGAAAGGUCGGGCCGAAGUCGCAAGGUCAUCGGCGUGAUCUGCUGUGUGUCUCUGGUGUUUGUCGUCUGCUUCAGCCCCUAUCACAUCAACAUCCUGCAGUACAUGAUCCGCAAGCUGGUGUCGGGCACCGACUGCGCCGAUCUCACAGCCUUCCAGGUGUCACUGCACAUCACGGUGUGUCUGAUGAACCUCAACUCCUGCUUGGAUCCAUUUAUCUACUUCUUCGCCUGCAAGGGCUACAAGAGGAAACUGAGGAAGCUGCUGAGGCUGCAGGUCAGCAGGUCCUUCUCCAGCGUGGUGAGGACGUCACCCGAGGGCUCCUCCAAGGAUAUUAUCGAUGGCAACAAGAUCCCACUCAGCUGCUCCACUACGGGUGCAGCCAGCGACAGGCUCAAAGAGAGGAGGAUAUACGUUAGCGAGCAAAAUGAAGAGCUGAGCCACCAGGAGUAGAAUAAGAUGUGAGAAACGUUUGCCUCUCAGUGGGACUGUUUCGAUCAGGUCUCACACAAACAGAUCUGAACAUUUAUAU